GUCCAUGUGUGUCUGUUCGAUUCGUCCGAUUUGAGGGUAGAGUGAUAUCCUAAAGAGAUGUGUUAAUCUAAUCCCCACAAGAAUCACAAGGACUUCGGAAAACCUGCUGGAAAAUGAGUUUCAACUCAGUUGAAUUGGUUGAUUUCUGGAUCAAGCAAAUGUAUCGUGCAGUGCCUUUCAAUGAACUUGCUUCACAAAACGUGCCAUGCUGUGCACAAUUCCAUUGACAUGAAGGACAAUCACACGUAUACCGGAGAACGUGAUGAUAAUGCCGUCACUCAGAGGAACCACGUGAAACAUGAUAAAACGCGCUUUGCGGACCAUCACACCACACUCUCUAUCAAGUCAUCGAUUGCGGAAAAUCGAUGUGUUGAAUACCCUGAUGAUAUAUAAACAGGCACCGGGAUGCUGACAGCCGACCGGAGUAAGCGAGGCCCCGACUCACACACGCGAAAAGAAAACGUAGCAUGGAUAUUGUGGUUCGGAUACAAUUCAUUUAGGUGGAUGAAAAUUAUGGAUGUAAUCCCGUGAUUACUUUCUGGUCAGGAAUGGGCAGAUCGAUGUGGCACAGUGCGAAAGUCGAGCUUCACCAUCUUAUCAAACUCGCGCUGCCUACCAUGCUCACCCAGCUUCUGCGCUUCAUCAAUCCUUCAGUCAGCAUAAUGGUUUGUGGGCAUAUGAGUCGCGAAGAGCUGGAUGCUUCGUCAUUGGCUAACACGCUAAUCAACGUCCUUGGAUUGUGUAUUGAUACGGGAUUUUCCAGUGCCUUUGAUACCCUCUUUUCUCAGCUGUGCAGUGGAAGUCCAAACUUUUUCGUUCCAAUCGGAAACACAGCACACAACACUGAUUUAGUUCUCCAGCGUACGGUAGUCAAAACCGUCGUAUGCUCGGCGUAUUCUUGCAGAGAGGUGGGCGUUUCACUUAAUAAUAUCAGUUUUCCAGCCAUCUGCGUCAUCCUGGUGAUCUAUUCAAUCUUGGCCUGCAUUCACUUGAACGUUGAACCUAUCCUCCUUUUACUACGACAAGAUCCCCUGAUUUCUUCGCUCACCUCUGAGUAUUUGCGAUAUUUUCUACCCGGUCUUGCGUGUGACUUCCUAUUUUUGGCUUUAACUCGGUAUUUGCAAGCACAGAACAUCGUACUUCCAAUGGUCUAUGCGUCCUUGAUCGGUACCAUAUUUAAUUUAUGGGCGCAACAUACAUUUGUCUUGAAGAUGAAUUUAGGAAUCCGGGCAUCUGCCCUUUGGCUUUCAGUCUCAUUCGGAAUAAUGCUACUCUGUGAAAUUGCAUAUAUUUUGAUCUCCGGGACAUAUAAAGAAACUUGGAGCGGUUUUAAUCUUCGGGCUGCAACAAGAAACUGGGGUGUCAUCUUUCAGAUGGGCAUUCCCGGUCUGUUCAUGGUAUCACUGGAGGAGUGGUGUUUUGAAAUAAUGACUUUUAUUUCCGGUGCAAUAAGCGAAGUAACUUUGGGAGCACAGGCGAUCGCAUUCCAGGUUCAGAGCCUACUCUACAUGAUCCCUCUUGGGCUGUUUACUGCGGUUAACGUACGUGUGGGACAGAAGCUGGGUGCGUAUGAUCCGGACGGAGCCCGCUUUACCUUCAGAACAGCACAGAGAUUUGUCUGUAUAGUUGCUCUUGCUACCGGCAUCCCAGUUGUGCUUCUACGAAACAAAUUGCCGUUGAUUUUUACGGAAGACCAAGCUAUAUGUGAUCUUGCAAGCAAACUGCUGGCAAUGUUGUUAUUGUUCCAAAUAUGCGAAGGUUUCGCAGGUGUUUCAGAGGCUGUUUUACUAGCAUGUGGUCGACAAAGCCUUGGGGCCGUGAUAAUUUUUGUGGGAUACUACUGCAUCGGAAUGCCGCUGGCUUUUCUGUUUGCCUUCGCUGCAAAUCGCGGAAUCAUAGGCGCAUGGACUGGCCUACUGACGGGUUUUGCAAUAACAACUAUUGCUUACAGUGUGUUUGCACAUAAAACAAACUGGAUAGCUGAGGCACGCAAGGCACGACGAAAUACCUGUGACCAGCAAGACACUCAUGAAUUGGCCAUACACGAAGAACUGGUGAGCAGUUCAGUGUCCAUGGAUUCUUCUAGUUUCGAACCGUUGAUUGAGCACCAGCUGCCUAAUGGGGAUUGUGGAGGACCCGUGGAUGUGGAAUCGGAUGAAUUACGUACAAAUCCUUUUGAGUUCGCUACUUUCAUAGACCCAGAAAAGGCCAGUCCUGCAAUUUCCCUGAAGAAAAUAUCAGUAGCAUGUGUGGUUGUUAGCGUUUGGAUCGCAGCUUUAUGUAUAUUUUGGAAUCGGCCGGAGCCUCUUUGGUACACCACCUGCCUCAAAAAUUCCGUCAAUCGAACGAUUGGCGAGUAUACCUUUUGCGACCGAAUGUUGUCCGAAUCAAGGUUCCGUGUGUUUAGUAACCCAUUAGCGGGACCUUCAGGUGUCCCCGAAGCGACCGUUGAACAGAACAGAACUUCCACAGUGUAAGUCAAUCUCCCAGUGGACGAUGGAAUUCCAUCAAUAAUUCCGGUAGAUCACGGCUUUUCGCCUGCACUCCGGAAUUCCUACGCAACUUAUCGUAUAUUUCAUCGCAACUUUAUACCAGAUCGGACUUUUUUUAAACAGUCUGGUUGUUUGACCAUCCCGGGUGAGUCCCGUCCCCAACCAACAAAGCCAAGUAGCACGCCUGAUUUUUAACCAAAACGGUUCAGAAUACCACCGAUUUUCAACUGCACCAGCUAUCAAGAAAAAUACUUUUCUGAUGAGAUUGUAGAAACGAAAACUUAUUUGAAAUAUACGGUUUUUGACUUGUAUUGUUUACUGUUUUGGUG